AUACAGUUGACUCCUUGUCCUUGACUUGGCUUGUCCAAUGUACACGCCAAAAGUUGAACUUUCAACGAUUUGGAAUCAUCAUGCAUCUAAAUAUGCUUUGUUUAAGUGGAAAAGGUUGUAUUGUGAUCAUGGUCAGCGUUUGCUCACUGAUUUAAGUUGAUCGAGUUCCUGGAACAAGAAACAAAAUUUGAUGAUGCAACUUGUCAAUGAGAUGGCUGCAGCUAACAAAUCAAGUGGUUCAUUUCAGCUGCGGAUGAUUGUUAUGUUUCUUUACAUUUUCAGCUUCUUAAAGCUCUGUGUUGGAUUGGACAGCUUAUCACCAGGCCGACCUCUCUAUGGAAACGAGACUUUAAUCUCUGAGGGCCGCAAAUUUGAACUAGGAUUUUUCUCGCCAGGUAACUCACAUAAGUCGUAUGUUGGUAUAUGGUACUAUGGUGUCCGAGGGAAAAAAACAAUAGCUUGGGUUGCAAACAGAGAGUGGCCCAUCCGACAGAUUACUAACAAUUCAAGAUUGUUACUAACUAAAGAUGGCAGAUUGAAUCUGUACAGUUCUGUGGAUGAGAUAAUCUGGUCUACAAAUAGUUCUGUCGCUAAUAAGGGGCAACUUCUUGACAAUGGUAAUUUCGUUUUAAGUGAUGGAUUGAGUUUUGUGUGGCAAAGCUUUGACUAUCCAACUGAUACUUGGUUACCUGGUGCGAAACUUGGAAACAAUAAGAGCUUGAUACUCACUUCUUGGAAGAGUCGGGAUGAUCCUGCUCGGGGAGAUUUUUCUUUUGGGAUGGAUCCAAACGGCAACCUUCAACUUUUUAUCUGGAAGAAUUCGUCACAAUUAGUUUGGAGGACUGGACUUUGGAAUGGCAAUAAAUUUGAUUCUUUUGUGCCACUUCAGACGAAUUUUAGUUACAUAUCAAAUGAUCAAGCUAAAUAUUUUACUUAUAAUAGUUCUAUAUUACCCACUAAGAGAUAUGUCAUAACUAAUGAGGGACAGAUCCAGCACUGGUUGCUAGUGAACAAUCAAAUUUGGGUACUAUAUAAGCUGCAUCCUGCAGAUAUAUGUCAAUUGUUUGGUAUCUGUGGUUCUAAUGCGUUUUGCAACAUAUUAUUAGCCCGUCGAUGCAAUUGUUUGAACGGUUUUAUCCCUGAUUCGCCAGAACAGUGGCAGUCUGCUAAUUGGUCGGCUGGAUGUAUCAGGAGUAAGCCCCUGCAGUGUUCCAAUAUUGAUUUUUUUAAUGUGUCUGGAGUUUCGAUGCCUGCAAAUUCACAGUUUAUGAAUUUGGAGAGUGGUCAAGUCUGUCGGUUUGCAUGUCUGGCAAACUGCUCAUGUAGUGCUUAUGCUUACAAUAAUGGCAGAUGUUCAUUAUGGUUCGGUGAUCUAGUGGAUACACGCGUAUUAUCAAGUCACCAAAAUUCUGGAGGAAUUCUAUACAUCAGAUCUUCUGAGGUUCUAGCAAGAGACAAAAAGCUAUCAAAUGUUCUAGCGGCAGUGUUCAUCAUCAUUCCACUUCUCAUCUGCAUUUCAUUCAGUUAUAUGUUAUGGUGUCUCUGGAGAAGGAAACAUAAUAGAAAUGAGGCAGGGGAGAAUAUAUUUUAUCAUAACUGGGAAAUUAGCAGCAAACAGAACACAGAUAGUGCUAGCAUCAGCACUAGCACCCCACCAAGAGGAGAGAAGAAAGUUUCCAACUUGCCAAAGUUUAGCUUUUCAAGCAUAUCUGCUGCCACAAACAACUUCUCCUCUGCAAACAAGCUAGGAGAGGGUGGUUUUGGACCUGUGUACAAGGGUAACUUAUUUGGGGGGAAAUCAGUAGCAGUUAAAAGACUUUCUAAAAGGUCUGGUCAAGGGAUGGAAGAGUUGAGAAAUGAAACAGUUUUAAUUGCUAAACUCCAACACAGGAAUCUCGUUAGACUCUUGGGAUGUUGUAUUGAACAGGAUGAGAAGAUUCUAAUUUACGAGUACAUGUCCAACAAAAGUUUGGAUCAUUUCAUUUUUGAUCCUAGUAAACAAAGUCUACUUGACUGGAGAAGACGUGUCCUCAUCAUUGAUGGCAUUGCACAAGGACUUCUUUAUCUUCAUCUACAUUCAAGAUUACGCAUAGUUCAUAGAGAUUUGAAGGCUAGCAACAUUUUGUUGGACGAUGAACUGAAUCCUAAGAUUGCAGAUUUUGGGAUGGCCAGAAUAUUUGGUGGGAAUGAAGUUCAAGCAAAUACCAACCGGAUUGUGGGAACUUACGGUUAUAUGUCCCCGGAAUACGCCAUGGAAGGACUAUUUUCAAUAAAGUCUGACGUCUUUGCCUUUGGUGUCUUGCUACUGGAGAUCAUAAGCGGGAAAAAGAACACUGGUUUCCGAAACUCUGAUUGCCUUAGUCUUCUUGGACAUGCGUGGGAACUGUGGCAAGCAGACAGGGUUCUGGAGCUGGUGGACUCAAAUCUAGACAUCCCUUCAUCCUUUGUGCCACUGAGACUCAUUCAUGUCGGCCUCUUGUGUGUUCAAGAUAGUCCUGCAGACAGACCAACCAUGUCUGAUGUUUUGCUUAUGUUUAGCAAUGAACACAGUCAGCUGGUUUCUCCUAAACGCCCUGCUUUUACAUCUGGCGGUAACUCAGGCUUCGAGAUAGACAAAGCUGACAAUUUUUCAGUGAAUACUCUAACAGCUUCAGUGAUGGAUGGUCGCUGAUGUUUCCUAUCAUUCAUUUGCCAUAAUUUCUUACACCAUUAUGUAAAGAAACACUUCAAUGGUUGCAUCCCUCUUGUAGGUGUCGACUUCUCUUGCUUGUGGUAUAUUUGUGUCUUUACACAUAGUGAAUGAUAAUUUUUAUUGGCGGA